AUGGAGCUGCUGAUCAUCGCGAUGCUGGUAGUCGGGGCAGCAGCAGCCUCAGACACACAGGGACACCGAAUCAUUGGCGGGAGAGAGUGCCGCAUUGGUUCCCGGCCCUACCAGGUGGCUCUCCUGAGGAACGGCCGCAUCUACUGUGGUGGGAGCCUGAUAGCCCCAAAGUGGGUGCUAACUGCUGCACACUGCAGCAGACGGAUCAACUCCCUGCGGGUGCAUCUGGGGGAUUAUAAUCUAUGGGUGAAAGAACCCACGGAACAGAUACGAAGAAUCCGCAACUUCUUUGUGCACCCCGAGUAUAACCUCCGUCAUCGUGACAACGACUUCAUGCUUCUGGAGUUGGAUAAGCCCGCUCUACUCAACAGCUACGUGAACACAAUCAACCUGGCUACCCAUUGUCCUUCUCCUGGAACACGAUGCAGUGUGUCGGGAUGGGGCACCAUUGAGUCCCCCCAAAAGCUGUUCCCAGCCAUCAUGCAGUGUGCAGAUCUCUAUAGCAUCAGCCAGACCAGAUGCCAGGCCACUUACGGGGGCAGGAUCACAGAGAACAUGUUCUGUGCUGGCGUGGAACAGGGUGGCAUCAGCUCAUGCAAGGGGGAUUCAGGAGGCCCACUGGUCUGCAAUGGGCAGCUGCAGGGCGUGGUUUCCUGGGGGAAAUCUGUCUGUGCCCUGCCGGGACAGCCCAGGGUCUACGCCAAUGUCUGCAAAGCUGCCGAGUGGGUGAGGAGCACCAUAGGGAGGAAACCUGCUGUAGGCCUCCGUCAGCUGUACUGGAGUGACCCGGCCGCCUGCUCACUUCUGGCCACGUUGGCAGCCUCAGACACACAGGGACACCGGAUCGUUGGGGGGAGAAACUGCCUCUUCGGCUCACGGCCCUACCAGGUGGCGCUCCUGAGGAACGGCCACAUCUACUGUGGUGGGAGCCUGAUAGCCCCGAAGUGGGUGCUAACUGCUGCGCACUGCAGCAGACGGAUCAGCACUGUGCGGGUGCAUCUGGGGGAUUAUAAUCUACAGGUGAAGGAAGGCACAGAACAGAUACGAAGAAUCCAUAACUUCUUCAUGCACCCUGGGUAUAACCUCCGUCCUCAUGACAACGACUUCAUGCUUCUGGAGUUGGAUAAGCCCGCUCUACUCAACAGCUACGUGAACACAAUCAACCUGGCUACCUGUUGUCCCUCUCCUGGAACACGAUGCAGUGUGUCAGGAUGGGGUACCAUCAAGUCCCCCCAAAGACAGUUCCCAGCCAUCAUGCAGUGUGCAGAUCUCUAUAGCGUCAGCCAGGCCAGAUGCCAGGCCAGUUACAGUGGCAGGAUCACAGAGAACAUGCUAUGCGCUGGCGUGGAACAGGGCGGCAUAGGCACAUGCCAGGGUGAUUCAGGAGGCCCACUGGUCUGCAAUGGGAAGCUGCAGGGUGUGGUCUCCUGGGGGAAGUCUGUCUGUGCCCUGCCUGGACAGCCCGGGGUCUAUGCCAAUGUCUGCAAAGCUGCUCAGUGGGUGAGGAGCACCAUAAGGGGGAGUCUCACCAGAUCAGACUGAGAGAUCACAGGGUUUCUCACCUGCCACAAUAACCCACCAAACACAUGCCCUAGCCACACCUCUCCUUAUCUCACUGCAGCACCUGGGGGAUGCUGAAUGGGGUGGGGGGAGAUGGCCUGGGUGCGAAAGGAUAGGGGAGCCGUAGUCCACAGCAGCCAAUGGUUGUGAGCCAGGCCUGACAAAAUUCUGAGAUUAGGUUAAAAAUGUGGGACUGGUUUAAAAGGCAUGAAUCAGUGUGAAGAUUGUGAGAUUGCUUUAAAAAUCAUGAGAUCAGCUUGAAAUUCCAAAGAUUGUUUUAAAAAAUCAUGAGAUUGGUUUAAAAUGGAGAGAUUGGCUUAACAGUCAUGAAUCAGCCUGAAAUUCACAGGACUGCUUCAAAAAUCGAGAUGUUGACUUUAAAAAUCAUGAGAUUUGGUUUAGAAUGAUGGGAUCAGCUUGAAAGCCACAAGAGUGCUUUUGAAACCAUGAGAUUGCUUUCACAAUCAUGAAAUCAGCCUGACGAUUGUGAGAUGGGUUUAAAAAUCAUGAGAUUGGAUUAAAAAUUAUAAGACGGGUUUUAAAAUGCCAUAAAUAGUGCAUAGAUAUUUGAUUUGGUCUCUUGCAUUGGUAUGGUUGGCAUAAGCAGCCAUAACUGCUCUGAUGUCACGAAAUCUGACGUCUCUUGGAGUUCAAGCUUCAUUGUGCCGUACUACAGCAACAUAGCUAGAGCAAUGGAGCUCCUGUAGUAUGGACAAGCUCCGGGAGUUCAUGCUCAGCUGAUUAUCCACCGCAACUCCCAAAUCUUUCUGACAGUCACCACUUCUCCAGGUAGAGUCCCCCAUCCUCUAAGUCUGGCAGACAUGCUAUGUUCCUGGAUGCAUGCAUUUAUAUGCAGCCAUUUACAUCCCCAUGGAGACUCAGUGACCCAAAUCUCACAUGAUUUUAUGACAUGUCUUGAGGGUGGGUUUGUUUCUUAAAGCCUCAAGCUCCUGGAGUCAUGUGAUUCCAUAAGAAUCUAAGCUUUUGUCAAAAAAAGUCACUUUUUGUAGACUUGGGGUUUGGGGAAAGAAAGCUGGGAAACUGACUCUUAGAGGCUCAAAAAAACUAUGAAUAAACAAACCCUAGUGGUUUGGGGGGUUGGUUUUCUUUUUACAUCUUCUGAUUUUUAUGCCAAUCUCACAAUUUUGUAAAUUUUGAACACUUGGGGUAAGAGAUACUAGCGACCCCUGACAAUGGGUGGAGAAGCACAGGCUGACCCCAUAGAAGAAGCUGUGACAGAGGAGAGAUUGACAAAGAGAGAGGCAGUUUGUGCUUAUAAACCAGGGCUGAGACUCCCAUUCCAUGGGAAAUUCAGAUAUUUUGGAGUGGAGGAGAGAAUCCGUUGUGAACAGGUAUACAAAGCUUAAAUUUCUUAACGUCUGAUGCAGCA